AUGGCACUACUGAUGAAUUUUUGGAUGUGUGUGGCAGCUUUAUUAUUGACAGUGACCAUGAGCCAUGCUUUGAGAAGAAUCUCUCUGAAGAAGAUGCCAUCUGUCAGAGAGACACUGCGGGAGAUGGGUGUUUCUGCAGAGCAGGUUUUGACUGAAGUGGAUAAGGAGAUCGCAGAUGCUACCAACAAUGGGAAUGUGCCCACACCUCUAACCAACUACUUGGAUUCACAGUACUUUGGGGAAAUCAGUAUUGGUUUCCCAGGCCAGACGUUCAAUGUGGUGUUUGACACAGGCUCAGCCAACCUGUGGGUGCCAUCAAAAAGCUGCUCACCUUUCUCCACUGCCUGCUUUACUCACAACAGGUACGAUGCCUCAAAAUCCCAGACUUAUGUUGAAAAUGGAACUGGAUUUUCCAUACAGUACGCAUCUGGAAGUGUCAGGGGAUUCCUGAGUGAGGAUGUGGUUGUGGUUGGUGGUAUUCCGGUGGUGCAGAUGUUUGCUGAGGCCACCUCUCUGUCUGCCGUUCCCUUCAUCUUUGCCAAAUUUGAUGGAGUCCUGGGGAUGGGUUACCCCAGCAUGGCCAUUGAUGGCAUCACUCCAGUGUUCGACCGCAUCAUGUCUCAGAGUGUCCUCGAGGAAAACGUAUUCUCUGUCUAUUAUAGCAGGGACCCAAAACGUUACCCAGGUGGAGAGCUGAUCCUUGGUGGCACAGACCCAAACUACUACACUGGAACAUUUAAUUAUAUUCACACCAGUGAGCUGGGAAAAUGGCAAGUUAUUAUGAAAGGUGUUUCUCUUGGAACGGAGAAAAAGUUUUGUGCAGAGGGCUGCACGGCUGUGAUUGACACGGGCUCCUCGUAUGUCACAGGUCCAGCCUCGGCUGUGUCUGCGCUGAUGAAAGCCAUCGGAGCACAGCAGGAGGAAAGCGGCUACAAAGUCAACUGUGACAGUGUCAAGACAUUGCCCAGUGUUAGUUUCCACAUAGGUGGUCAGGAGUACUCACUCACUCAGGAGGAUUACAUCUUAUGGCAAUCACACAUCCAAGGAGAUGUGUGCACCGUCACAUUCAGGGGCCUGGAUGUGCCGCCCCCUACAGGCCCCAUCUGGAUUUUGGGAGCCAACUUCAUUGCACGCUACUACACAGAGUUUGACCGUCGCCAUAAUCGGAUAGGGUUUGCUACAGCAGUCUGA